CACUCGUCAAUUGUCAGUCGUCACCGCAGUGAUGCUCAGAGUCCCAACGGAUUCUAAACUCCACUGCUCCCCUCUACUCAACUCACGAGUCACGAAGGCCUAAUCUCCAUUAUUUGAAACAAUUUCCAUAUCACUAAUUUUUACUUUCAUCUCUUCUAAUCCCCGCUCGUUUCCUAAGAAAGUCGAGGACUUAGUUCACUUUUCGUCCAAAUGGGUGAUUCUUCCAGGGAAGACGAGAAAAAUACACUUAAGAUACUUGUGGCUACGGAUUGUCACUUGGGUUAUUUGGAGAAGGAUGAAAUACGUAGGCAUGAUUCAUUUCAGUCGUUUGAGGAGAUAUGUUCUAUAGCUGAGAAAAAUCAGGUGGACUUUUUGCUUCUUGGAGGUGAUCUUUUUCAUGAGAAUAAACCAUCCAGGACUACAUUAGUUAAAGCCAUCGAGAUUCUGCGUCGGUACUGUCUCAAUGAUCAACCAGUGCAGUUCCAAGUUGUCAGCGAUCAGACAAUAAACUUUGCAAAUGUAUUUGGUCAUGUAAACUAUGAAGAUCCUCACUUUAAUGUUGGAUUGCCAGUUUUCAGUAUUCAUGGGAAUCAUGAUGAUCCUGCUGGCGUGGACAACCUUUCUGCUGUUGAUAUUCUUUCAGCAUGCAAUCUUGUGAAUUAUUUUGGAAAAAUGGAUCUUGGAGGUUCUGGUGUUGGGCAGAUAUCUCUCUACCCCAUUCUCAUCAGGAAGGGUUCAACAUCUGUAGCCCUCUAUGGACUUGGUAAUAUAAGAGAUGAGCGCUUGAAUAGGAUGUUUCAGACACCUCAUGCCGUUCAAUGGAUGCGACCUGAGGCUCAAGAAGGGUGUCAAUUGUCAGACUGGUUCAACAUCCUGGUUCUUCAUCAGAACAGAGUAAAGACAAAUCCUAAAAAUGCAAUAAAUGAGCAUUUCCUGCCUCGGUUUCUGGAUUUCAUUGUAUGGGGCCAUGAACAUGAAUGUCUGGUUGAUCCUCAGGAAGUUCCAGGUAUGGGUUUCCACAUUACUCAGCCUGGCUCUUCUGUUGCAACAUCACUGAUUGAUGGUGAAUCAAAACCUAAACAUGUGCUCCUUUUGGAGAUUAAGGGAAAUCAAUAUCGCCCGACAAAGAUACCUCUUAAGUCAGUGCGGCCUUUUGAAUACACUGAGAUAGUUUUGAAGGAUGAGCCAGAUAUUGAUCCAAAUGAUCAAAACUCAAUUCUUGAACAUUUGGACAAUGUUGUCAGGAAGUUGAUAGAACGACCUAUUGCUAUAAGUGGAUCAGAGAACAAGCUCCCCUUAGUUCGAGUAAAGGUAGAUUACUCUGGAUUUAUGACAAUAAAUCCUCAAAGGUUUGGACAAAAAUAUGUGGGGAAGGUUGCAAAUCCUCAGGAUAUUCUUAUAUUCUCUAAAUCUUCAAAUAGAGGCCGCAGUGCAGUCAAAAUUGAAGAGUCUGAAAGGCUUCGACCAGAAGAGUUGAAUCAGCAGAAUAUAGAAGCUUUAGUUGCUGAGAGUAAUUUGAAAAUGGAGAUACUUCCUGUCAAUGAUUUGGAUGUUGCAUUGCACAGUUUUGUCAACAAGGAUGACAAGAUGGCUUUCUAUUCUUGUGUGCAAUACAACCUCAAGGAAACUCGUAAUAAAAUUACUCGGGAUUCAGAUACACUGAAAUUUGAAGAGGAGGAUAUAAUUUUCAAAGUUGGGGAGUGCUUAGAGGAACGUGUCAAAGAAAGAGGUGUACAGAAUAAAGAUGACCAACCAUUCACAUUUAGUGGGCAAUCCUCAGAGAUCAGAAGUAAAAGUAUUAGAGGCAUUGAAAGUGCAGUUUCCUUCAGUGAUGAUGAGGACACAACUCCUUUAUCUGCCUCAAAGUCUACUGCCAAUAAGGGCAAGAAAGAGUUAUCACAAUCUUUUAGGUCCUCUCACGAUGCUUCUGAAGUGGGCAAAACUUCAAGAGGAAGGGGCCGGGGGAGAGGCAGAGGCAGAGGCAGGGCUUCUAGCAAUUUAAAGCAGACAACACUUGAUACAUCAAUGGGAUUUCGUCAUUCACAAAUAUCUUCAUCAGUUCGAAGCAUUGCAGAGGAUGAAGAGAACGUGGACUCUGAUUCAAGUGAUGAAAAAGCUGAGAAUGAAAUAAAUGAUGUCGAUGAUAGCUUGGAUGAUGAAAGUGUUCAAGGCAAAGGCCGCAAAAGGGCUGCCCCACGGGGAAAAGGUAGAGGUACAUCCUCAGCUAAGAGAGGAAAGAAGUCAGAUAAUGCUCCUUCAAUUCAAAGGAUGCUUAUGAAUUUAGAUGAUGAAGAUGAUGACGAUGAAGUGCAAAAGAAAUCAAACAAACCUCCACCUCGUGUAACAAGGAACUACGGUGCUCUAAGGAGGUGAGGUGAGCGCCACACAACCCAGAUUGCUAGAUCAAUUGUGGUGCAUUACAGUUUAAUUAUAGGUAGGGGGGCUGCGUAAUUUAGCUGUAAAUUUUGGAAGGGGAAAAAAAUACAAAAACCAACGUGAGAAACGGCUUUGGCAGUUCGGAAUCAGUAAUUUCUUUUACAAAACUUACUAAA